UAAGUAUCAACCCACCAACCCUAAUUAAUCAUACUACCAAAACUGUAAGUUAUUAGUUCUUCUUAAACUCACAGUGAUCCGCCUAUUUAUUGUUGUUUUAGAAAGUUGAGUUGGGAUCUUGAUCAUUAAGAUUGUAUCCGGAGAUGGCAGCCGCAUAUUCAUUCGCCACACAAUCUAUUCUUGGAAGCCCAAUCUCUCGUGUUUCCAUUAGAAAGCAUGUGCCUCGUCUGGGAAGAAAUGCGGGCGGACCGGUGCGUUGCAUGGCUGAGGAUGAACGGAAGGAGCCGUCGACGACACCAACUGCACCAAAGGCUAAGAUGAGCACAAAGUUCACAGAUGUGUUGGCAUUCAGUGGGCCAGCUCCGGAAAGGAUCAACGGUAGGCUGGCCAUGGUUGGCUUUGUAUCCGCCAUGGCAGUUGAGCUAGCCAAGGGUCAAGAUGUGUUUGCACAAAUAUCAGACGGUGGGCUGACAUGGUUCAUAGGUACAAGCGUUGUACUCUCGCUAGCAUCUUUGGUUCCCUUAUUCAAAGGAGUGAGUGUUGAGUCCAUGUCAGAAGGGUUGAUGACGUCGGAUGCUGAGCUGUGGAAUGGGAGGUUCGCAAUGUUGGGUCUGAUUGCUUUGGCCUUCACGGAGUAUGUAAAGGGUGGUGCUCUUGUGUAGACCCCAUUUGUAGAAGGCAUAUAUAUGCCUGGCUUUGUAGUUGAUAUCUUGCAGUAAAGGCCUAGGUUUAAUGAUAGUCUGAAAUGAAGACCAAAUUCUGCCGUGAUCUGAUUGCAAAUGUUCUGAAAUAUUAUUAUAUAUAAUUUGUUGCUUUCUACGGAA